AUGAGAUACACUGCAUUACUCUUAUUAACUAUUAUUUGCAUCAACUAAGUUGCUUCCGUUUCUUUACGUAAAAACAUCAAUAAUUAAGCAAUUGACAAUCUCCAUUAAAGUAAAAAAAAAAAAAAAAAACCGAAAAAAUAAUAAUAAAAAAAGCUUGGUAAGAAAAAUGCCUUCGCUUCCAGAAUUGCUGCUGCUGUAGAAUUACACUUAACUUCUGGUGGAGCAGUAGACUAAGCUGUUGAUUUAGUAUAAUAAGCUUUAAAUGAUGUAUAAUCAAAGAGAAAAGACUUAUAAACUGAAUUUGAUAACUUCGUAUCAUAAACUAAAGAAAAAAUCGGAUAAGACUUAUUAUAAUUAAAUGAAUUAGACGCAUAAUUAUCUGUAGUUAAAGGAGAAAUCCAAUAAUUAGAAUCCGAAAUUAAAAGCUUAGAAAGCCAAAUUGAAAGAUUAACCAAGGAAAUUAACGAAUUGAAUGAAAGAGAAAAAUUAAUUGAAUAAGCAAGAGCCAAUGACAUUAAUACUUGGAACAAAAGAAACGUAAGAGACUAAAAUGCAUUAGAAGCCUUAGGUUUAAUUAUUGAUGACUUAAACAGAUUAUUAGAAAGAGGAAACGUAUUUUUAUAAUAAAACAGCGAUUAAGUUAACAGAGCGAUGAAAAGAAUUCCCUUAAACAAUCCUAUUAAAGCUUUAGUUACUUUAUCAACUAAAUUCGACGAAGCUAAAUUAAGAGUCGUUAUUGAUAAACUUACCUAAAUAUAAGAUGCUGUCAGAAACGGAAACAAUGAAGAUUCUUUAAGAGAAAAAUAAUCCAAAGAACACUACGAGUUAUUAAUAUAAGAAUUAAUUUCAGUCAGAAAUGCCAAACUUGAAGAAAAAGCUGUAGCUCAAUCAUCCUUAAAAGAUAAAUAAUCUAGAUUAGGACUCAAGUAAACUGAAGCUGAAAACUUAACAAAUCUUAUCAAAUAAGUUUAAGCCCAUAAAUAAGGAUUAGAAGAUGCCUUAGCCAGAGAAACUCCUAUUUAUUAAAUGAGAUUAGAUGAAGCUGAUUAAGCUAUUUAAGGAAUUAGAGAAGCUUUAAGAAUCCUUGAAGAUCAUAGAGCUUCUUUACAUAGAGCGGAAAGUAUUAGUGAUGAUCUCAAAAAUGGAUCUUGGGCAGUUUGAAUUAAAGGUAGCCUUAAUUUUAUUGAAUGAAUAUAUACAUAUAUUUAAUUUUUAAGUCUUUAUCUUAGAUUUUAAAAUUAAAUUAUAUAUGUAUAUAUAUAUUACAUCAAAAACAAUUAUUUUAUGUCAUCGGAAAAUUAUAUUAUAGAUAUAUAAAUUUUUAUUGAAGAAUAUUGGAUAAAAAACAUUUUUUUAUAUUUAU